GCUUAUCUUUCUCUUUCCCAAAGUUUCACAUCCUCCAGUCCAGCCCUCCUUCUAUUUCUUCCAUCUAUUAAUUUCCACUUCUUUUAUUAUUUUAAAUUUAGCAGCAACCAUUGAUGAAGAAAUUAAAAUGAAAAAUAAUUAAUUUUUUUAAAUGGGUGAAAUUGCAGCACCAACAACUUCCUUUGCUCCAUGCAAUUACACUAUUGGGAAGAAAUGGAAGGGAACUUUCAGCUUCACCAAGAAGCAAGAAUGGCAAUGCUGCGCUGUGGGUGAUAAAAAAUCAUGGAGGCCAUUGAUCAAGAAUCAGAUGGCAGUUGAGCCUGCCAAGUAUUCAUCAAGAAUCUCUACUGAUAUCCCACUCUAUGAGUCUCCUGGGGCUUCCUUUGAUACAUAUUUGGAGGAUAAGCGCAGAGUUUUCAAAGCAAUGUUUCCUGAUAAAAGGAGGAGUCAACAACUCAAUGAGGAAGAAUGGAGAAUUCAGAUGUUACCCAUUAAUUUCUUGUUUCUUACUGUCCUGCCAGAAGUAGACAUGAGGUUGAGAUGUAAAUCAGGAGGCAAAGAUUAUCCACCAGAAAUUCCAAAACAUAUCUCCAAGGUCCUCGAGCUCGAUAUUAUAAGAUGGAAACUUGAAGGACUUGAUAAUGUUCUUGAACCAUCUCAUUUUUCACUUGGAGUAAAAGGAGCAUUGUAUGCUGAUCGAAUCGGAGGAGCAAGAACACGGUUGAAAGGUCAACUAGAGAUGAACAUAAGCUUUGUUCUUCCUCCUGUGCUUGCUUUGGUUCCUGAAGAUAUUCGCAGAAAUGUUGCAGAAACAGUUUUAACGCGACUAGUGCAAGACAUGAAGCAUAAAGUUAAUGGUAGCCUGCUCGCUGAUUACAGUGAAUUCAAAAGAGGAAGGCUUAAGAAUCUGGUCUGAACUAUUAUUACAGCAGAGGAAAUGGAGCAUGUUACAGUUUCAUUGUUUUGAGAAACUUAGAGAAAAGAUUAUUAACUUUAGUGGAGAAAUAGAUAGUUGAAAUUUGGAAAUUUGUGUGCAAUUGUGAUUUUGAAAUUUUUGAGAUAGUCUUUUUGCAUUAUGUAAUUCUGGCAAGAAAAAUAUAAACUUAACUUCAGCAUUAAUAACCA